UUGGCUGUCAGACAGCCCAAAGACUCUGUGGAGGAACAACAGCCCCRUGACAAAAGGUUUCCUGACUCCGGACAAGGAACACCGCAUGUCAAGAGGACGAAUGGAGGAAAGCUAUGAGACAUUCGAGGAGGAGUUAUGGCCACCGAGGGCAGACGCUCCUCCACAGAGACCUGUUCGGCAGAUCCGCAGAGCGAGUGGCGAAUUGUACACUGCAAGAAAAGUCAGAGAGGAAGUGCCUCCUGUGCCAAGAUCAGAACCUAAGAUCUUACCCAGAGAACCCAGCUUCACCAAACCUACAUCCUCGCAUAAAACCCUGUUGAUCCAGAACCCGACCCAGCCAGAGACUCCCUGGGAAAACGUCACCCUCAACCGUUGUMUUUUUGUAGCCAUCGGCAUCCUGGUGCUCACCUCAGGCUUCCAGAAGCUUCACGAAACUUUACGUGGCCAAGGAACAAUAGAGGAAGAAGAGGAAGCUGGACUAACAAUGAGACGAUCASAGUYGUUACGUCACAGAGGCCGUCUGCCGGAGCCAGAGACGUCUCUAUGGGAAGUCAUGUUUUGGUGGCUGCCAGACCUCGACGAUGAAGACGAAGACGAGGAGGACGACRAAGAGAUCAAAAGAAGAAAAUCAAAGAGGGGAGUAACGAGGCGAACAUCGAGAGGUCUCAGGAACAGGCCGCUGCCGGAGAAAAAACUCUUAAAGCAAAGAGACGGGAAAUUAAAGGACAGGAGGGCCAGGAAAGCCAAGGCUAACGAAAUCAAAGACAAGAGAGGGAGAGCCAGGAAAGAGGACCCUGAAGAGGCAGCAGAUGAAGAGGAUGAGAGAGACGAGGAGACAAAURCAAAAAAGAAUAAGCUGCAAGAUGGGAAAUAAAACACACACAAAAAAAAAAGAAUUUUUUUUCUGCUCUUACUACACAUCAAAUGGAGUCUCAAAUGUUUGCCUAAUCAAGUGGCAGAAAGGUUUUAAAGCUCAGUGGUGCUUCCAUGGAAAGUUGCUUUAACGUGUCAAGCUAAAAAUGAAAGCACAAUGUGCUCCAUGCUUCCUUAUUGGGGAAAACAUUUAAAAUAUUCUGCUCUGAAUCGACUGCUUAGUUGAUAUCUAUACAUUUAAGGUGAAACCUCAAAAGGUUCAUUUAUUUUACUACCUUAAAACUUAAAGCUGAAACUCAUGCAGAUAAAACACACCAGACUUUGUGAUGUAAUAGUUUAUUCGUUACUGCUGACAAUCCACAGCUACUGAAAACCCAAAAUUCAGUCUCAGAAAAUUUGAUUACAGAAGACCAUUAAAAUAAGGGAUUUUUACGCCAGAUGUUAAACCCACCUUAUGAAAAGCAUAACUACUGGAACUGACGUCCAGCUGUAACUGAGAAGUCAAGAAAGGGAACUUUUGAAGAAGCAGUCUGUUCAGGUCACAUACAAGACUGAUCAUGGAUAGUUUAGUGGAAGAAAAAAGUGGGUUUGAACAGAUGUCCAAGUAACACCUGACGUUAUCCUUUUAUCAAGUUAAACGUCAGUGAAGCUUUCUAGUAUGAAAUUUUACAGCAUUUCAUGCUCGAGUUUGCUGUCAAGUUUUAAAGUAAAGCCGAUUACAUUUGCCAACAGRACAAGAGUAACCGUCCAYAUGUCCAAAACAAACAAUACCYGCUUUCCUGAGAAUAUAUGGAGUAUAUAUAGAGGRGGAAAGGGAACAUACAGAGGCCGCUCGUAAAGACACGCGAGCUUCCUUAACACCUCUGCAGAACCACAGGCUGACCUCCAUGUCAAACUGCAUUGAUGCAGAAACUCGAGCAAAAGGAACCCAAACCAAAAACUGACAGCAAAUACAAUAUGAGCACACAGUUCUCAAUAACAGUUCUGUAGGAAAAAAAAACCUUAAUGGUUUUGCGUCAUUUUUAAGGUUCAGAACAUAAACAGUCAAAAUGUAUCACUGUGAAAUAAAUUACUUUUUGAUUUGAAUUUAAAAGUAGUUU